AUGGUGAAAAAAGGAGGACGAAGAAUUCUGAGACCAGACCUCAAACCGGAUCCAUCUUUAGAACUGAAAUCGGAUCUAAUCCAUUUGGUGCGUGAUUGCUGGGACGAAGAUCCUUCUCACAGACCAAAUAUAGAGGAAGUGCGAAGUCUGGUAAAGGCAUCCUUCGGAAAGAAACAUGCGAAUCUUAUGGAUCAUGUGUUCAAAAUCAUGGAGAAAUACGCCGAUUCUUUAGAAGAUGAAGUUGAAGCGAGAACAAAGGAAUUGGUUGACGAAAAAAAGAAAAGCGACUUGCUCCUGUGUCGAAUGCUACCAGUGUAUGGCGUUAGAGUCAUUAUCAUUAUUAGCGCAGAGGUGUAG